AUGAAGCUUGAUUGGAAAUAUAUCACUGCAUCCAUUUUGCUGAGUACGUCAGUAUGGGCUCAUACUGAAGCUGAUGAAAAAUUGGUUGAUGAAGACCUUUCAUUACCUGAUUUAGCUCAAAUUGAAUCAUUAUCAACUCAUAACUGGAAAAUCACUGGUGAUCCAAAAUUUGAAAAUGGUAGAUUCAUUUUAACACCAAAUCAAAAUUCAAAAGCUUCAUUAUCAAAUGAUUUACAAGUUUCUUAUGAUACUUGGACUUUUGAAACUAUAAUUAGAAGUGUUGGUAGUUUUGGUAAAACUGGAAGUGGUAUUUCAAUAAGAUAUGUUAGAGAUCACGAUGAAAAAGAUACUUCAUUCUUUGGUGGUUCAGGAAAAUUUGAUGGGUUAAAUGUUAUUAUUGAUAGUAAUGGACCAACUGGUAGUACUAUUCGUGGGUUUUUAAAUGAUGGAUCUGAUGAUUUAUCUGGGAAAGGUGAAUCAUUAUAUGAUCAAUCUUUUGGUUCAUGUCUUGCAUCAUAUCAAAAUUCUCAAGUUCCAUUUACUUUAAGAAUUAUUUAUUAUAAUAAUAUAUUAAUUGUUCAAAUUGAUAAUAAAAUUUGUUUUAAAACUAAAAAAAUUAAUUUACCAAAAAAUUAUAAAUUUGCUAUAAGUGCAAUUACAAAUAAUGAUCAUGAACAAUUUGAAUUAUUAAGAAUGAAAACUUAUGGUGGUGUCUUAAGUGAAGUCUUGGAUAAUGAAAAUAUUCCCGCUACUCAACCAAAAGUUGUUACAAAAUAUGUUCAAUUAGAUGAUUCUGGUGAAAAAGUUGCAGAGACUACAAAGGAAACUUUACAACAAGAACCAAUUCAUGAAAAAUUUGAUAUUAAUGAUAAAUCAUUAAGUCAUUUAUUAACAAAUAUUGAUAAAAUUCAAUUAUCAAAUAAAGAAUUAUUAGAAAAUUUCCAAAAUAUUGAUAAUAAAUUAACAGGACUUUCUAUAAAUACAAAAUCCGGUAAAAAUGCAGAUUUAUCAUAUCUUGAAGAAUAUACCAACAAGAUUAAAAAUUUAAAUGAAAAAAUUAAUAAUUUAGAAUCAAAAAUUUCCAAUUUUGAAACAAAAAUUGAAACUUUAGAAAGAUUAAUUAGAACUGAAAUCAAUUCAUUAACAAAUUCAAUAACAAAAACAAAUAAUGAAAAUAUUAACCAAUUAAGAGAAAAUGAACAAUCAAUUCAUGAAUUAAAUAAAAAUAUUCAAUUUUUAGUUUAUUCAGAAAAGGAAAAACAAGAAAAUCCAAUUUCUGAAUUAGUUUCAAGUUUAAAAAUUUUAAUUAUUCCAAUUUUAAUUUUAAUUAUUGUUUUAAUUGCAUUUACUUAUAGAUUACGUCAUGAUAUAAAGACAAAAUUAUUAUAA